AUGCAAGCAGAAUUAGAUGCACUUCAAGCCAACCAGACUUGGGAACUCACUACUCUCCCCCCUUCCAAACAAGUCAUUGGUUGCAGGUGGGUCUACAAAGUGAAGUAUAAAUCAGAUGGAACUAUAGAAAGAUGCAAAGCCAGAUUAGUAGUUAAAGGGUACACACAAACCUGUGGAUUGGACUAUAUUGACACUUUCAAUCUAGUAGCAAAGAUUACAUCCAUAAGAACCCUACUUGCUAUGGCAGCUGCCAAAGGAUGGAAACUACAUCAGCUAGAUGUAAACAAUGCAUUCCUCUAUGGUGAUCUUCAUGAGGAGGUAUACAUGCAACUUCCACCAGGCUUUGUGGCACAACAUUCAGGACAAGUAUGCAAACUGACCAAGUCACUUUUUGGGCUCAAACAAGCUAGUAGGCAGUGGAACUUUAAACUCACAGCUAAACUGAUUUCUUUGGGUUUUAAACAAGCUGUCUGUGACAACUCCCUAUUCACAAAAGGUUCUGGUGAUAACCUGGUAGCUCUGCUUGUAUAUGUUGAUGAUUUCAUUUUGGCAAGUAAUGAUGGAAACCAGAUCCAACAGAUCAAGGACCAUCUCCAUGCUACUUUCCAGAUUAAAGAUUUGGGAAAUUUAAGGUUUUUCCUUGGUCUGGAGGUGGCUAGAACACACAAAGGCAUUGCAAUUAGUCAGAGGAAGUAUGCUUUGGAUCUGCUAACAGAAACUGGCUUCUUGGGUAGCAAACCUGUGAAGACUCCCAUGACUCAGACAUUAAAACUGUCCCAAACUGAUGAUACACCAUUGGAAAACAACACACAGUUCAGAAGACUUAUUGGUAAGUUGUUAUACUUAACCAUUACAAGGCCAGACAUCUGUUUUGCAGUUCAACAAUUGUCUCAGUUUCUAGACAAACCUACCACUACACAUCUACAAGCAGCUCACAAAGUUCUUAGAUAUAUCAAGCAAUGUCCAGCUCAGGGUUUGUUCUUCUCAGCAAAAUCCAGCCUUAGACUAAGUGGAUUUGCAGAUUCAGAUUGGGCAGCCUGUCCUAACACUAGAAGAUCUGUUACAGGCUUCUGUAUGUUCCUAGGGGAAACACUGAUUUCCUGGAAAUCUAAGAAGCAAAGUACAGUCUCUAGGGCCCUUAAGUACUGA